AUGUCACAAACUUUUAAUCCAUCCCCAGCUUCCCAACAGGUUGUUGAAGAUACUGCGAAGGUAAUGGACAGAACUUGGGAAAACAUUCAAGAGAAAACCUUUACGAAAUGGGUAAACAGUAAAUUGGCUAUCAAGAACAUAGAUUCAAUUAGCGAUUUGAAUCGUGCAAUGUCUGAUGGAGUUCGGUUAAUUCAGCUUUUGGAAAUUAUUGGAGAUACUUCCUUAGGAAGAUAUAACAAAAAUCCAAAAAUGCGUAUUCAAAGAGUCGAGAAUGUGAAUAAAGCAUUAGAAUUUAUCAAACAUAGAGGUGUUUCUCUCACAAACAUUGGAGCUGAAGAUAUUGUUGAUACCAAUCUUAAACUUAUUCUUGGUAUGAUAUGGACUAUUAUUUUGAGAUUCACGAUUGCCGAUAUUAGUGAAGAGGGUCUAACAGCUAAGGAGGGUCUUUUACUUUGGUGUCAAAGAAAGACGGCUCCUUAUUCCGAGGUUAAUUCGGACCGUCAUACGAAUACUAGUUUAGCAUUUGAUGUUGCGGCAACGCAUCUUGACAUACCGAAAUUGUUAGAUGUAGAAGAUGUUUGUGACAUUCAAAAACCUGAUGAACGAUCAAUUAUGACCUAUGUUGCAGCAUACUUUCAUGCAUUUUCACAUUUAGAUAAAGUGGAAAUUGCUGGGAGAAGAGUAGCAAAAUUUGCAGAGGUUAUGCAAUCCGCUUGGGAUAUGGAACAUGAUUAUGAAAGACGUGUCAAACAGUUAAUGCAAAAAGUUAACGAUAGGAAAACCAUUUGGGCUAAUUCUCGUUUUGAUGGGAGUUAUACCGAUGCUAAACGUCAAUCUGCUGAAUUUAAUAGAUAUAAAAAUUCCGAGAAACGUGAAUGGGUAGCAGAAAAAAGUGAUUUAGAUACAUUACUUGGAAAUAUUCAGACCAAACUUAAAACAUAUGUAUUGCAGUCUUAUCAUCCUCCUGUAGGAUUAACUCUAUUCGAUUUAGAUAAAGUAUGGCAAAGUUUAUUGAAUGCUGAAGCCCAAAGAUACAAAUCUAUUAAUGAUAAAAUCCGAGACAUUAAGGAGAAUCUCCGUAAAUCAUUUGCUCAGUCAGCAAAUAGCUUUCAGAAAAGUCUGGAUUCUAUAUUGCAAGUAUUGUCUAAGUUAGAUGGAGAAUUAAACGUACAACUUGAAAAUGUGAAAAAACUUUCUGCAAAAUUAGGACCUUUGGAAGAUUCUCUCUCACGUAUUGAAGAAAUUGAUGCCCAAUGUCAUGAAGCUAAUAUUGAAGAAAAUGAUUAUACCGUAUUUUCAGUUGAUGACUUAAAAUUCGAAUUGGAACUUGUAAAACAAUCUGUUAAUAAGAAAUCUGCGUUCAUUGAAAAUCAGAUCGUGUCAAGGAGCAUGACAAAUUUAACACCGGCACAGUUAGAAGAAUUUGAAAGUACUUUCCGUCAUUUUGACAAGGAUGGUUCAAAUACAUUAAAUGCUUAUGAAUUUAAAGCUGCUUUGGCUAGCUUAGGUCUUCUUUAUGAUGAUGAUGAAUUGUAUGCCACGUUUAAUCAAACUUGCGCAGGACAAUCUGAAGCCACUUUCGAACAGCCAUUUGUUACUGAAUUAGAUUUAAAAAGAUCUUUAUUACCAGGGAACGUUGUAUCAUACUUAAAAGAAGCUAUGCCAAUCAUUCAAGGUGUAGCUGAUGGAUAUGAUUAUUCCAAAUAUUUAGAUCAAGUUUUUAACGGUUAUUAA